GACACCCAAGCAAGUCCAGGAAGUAAAUGCAGCUCCCAGUAAACACAACAUCUUUCAUUACGAUCCACGAAACUAGCCGACUAAAACAUGUUUUCAUGCAUUAAGUAAAUUAUCGUUGAAGAGCUGAGACCGUUUGGGGAUAAAAAACACCCAUAAAUAUUGAGAUGGAGGGAGUUUUCCGGCUGGUGUUGGUGUCGGUGGUUUUCCUGUCAUCACAGAUAAGUUGCCAAGAGGCCAUCUUGCACAUUUCAAAUGGAAGUACGUAUCGGGAGUACUGUAUUGUCCACAAUCACUCCUGGACUCCUCUCUCACCAACGCUUGAUGCUGCAACACAGUACCCACUGGUGAACCUGACCUGGACUUUGCUGUGCGACGCCACAGGGGUCAAUCCAGAUGUGGUAAAGGGCAAAGCGUUGGUGGUGAUGAGGGGGGACUGUGAUUUCAGCCAGAAAGCUAUUGUCGCCCAGUUCCUCGGGGCUACCACUUUGCUCAUCGCCAGCAACACAACAUUGAUCACUCCAUCAGCCAACGACUCGGAGUAUUCAAAGGUCAAAAUUCCUCUGGCUCUCAUGAGAUAUAGGGAUUUAAAGGAGGCGCAGCAGCUGUUUCCUGAGGGGAUGCAAGCACAGCUGUAUGCGCCGCCUUAUCCCACAAUCGAUCCCAGCAUCGCCGUCAUCCUAUUUCUAUCCGUGGUAACGGUUUCCCUAGGUGGGUACUGGAGCGGGGCAUGUGAGAGGGAUCGGCUGAACGGUUGCACAGAGGGAGGAGGAGGGAGUGAAGGCAAAGCAGACUCCGGAGAGCUGUCCUUGUACUCGCCUCUCAAGGUGUUUAUCUUUGUGGCCAUGAUGUGUGGCAUGCUGGUCCUCAUGUACUACUUCUACAACAUUCUUGUGUACAUCAUCAUUGCCAUAUUUUGCCUCGCAUCCGCAUCGGCACUUUUCGGCUGUCUGGAUGCUGUGCUCGACAAGAUUGGUUGUAGCCUUCUAAGCGUCACUGUCCUGAAUAAGAGCUUCUCAGUGAGGUCUGUCCUGCUGGCAGCUGUGUGCAUCAGCAUCGCUGUGGUCUGGGGGGUGUACAGGAAUGAAGACAGAUGGAUCUGGAUCUUGCAGGACCUCCUUGGCGUUGCUUUCUGCCUCAACUUCUUAAGGACAAUUUCAUUGUCUAAUUUCAAGAUCUGUGUUGUCCUGCUGAGCCUCCUGCUCUUGUAUGACGUCUUCUUUGUUUUCAUCACUCCGUUCUUAACUAAGAACGGAGUCAGCAUCAUGGUGCAGGUAGCUCUUGGUCCGGAUGCGUCUGCAGAGAAGACGCAAGGUAACAUGGUGGAGAUCCCUGCUGAACCCCAGCCUCCCUCUGAGAAACUCCCGGUGGUGAUGCGUGUCCCACGGUUCUCAGCUUGGGCUCAGAACCUGUGUGGAAUGCAGUUCUCCAUUCUGGGUUUCGGAGAUAUCAUUGUCCCAGGUCUCCUGGUGGCGUACUGCAGCAGGUUUGAUGUCUGGACAAACAGCAGCAAGAAGAUCUACUUUGUCAGCUGCUGCAUAGCGUACGUGCUGGGAAUGAUCCUGACCUUCGCUGUGAUGCUGCUGUCGGGGAUGGGCCAGCCUGCUCUGCUCUACCUAGUGCCUUUUACCCUGAUCACCUCUGCUGUGGUGGCAGCAUGCAGGGGAGAGAUGAAGCAGUUCUGGGCAGGAACCACCUACGAGGUUUUGGACCCAACCAGGGAACGUUUGCUGCCAGAGGGAAGAUCUGAACGCUGUGUAGAAGGUGAAAGCUGCUGACUUAAAGCUGAGCACGGAGCUUCUGGAUGCUUUUUUUUGUAAUUAAAAACAUACAUUACAUUUUAAUUUUACAUUUGCAAAUCAAGGGAAUUCAUGCCAUUGAAAAACACUUUCAGACAUUGUUGGAAUCACUUUUACUGACACGAAUGAGAGAUUAGAAAAUACUGACUGUGCAGAGGAAGUAAUAAUGUUUAAGUAAUUAAAACAAUUGUAGUGCCUGAAGCGUCUCUUAGGCUCCCAUUCAGAAGACUUUAAUGACUUUGCCUUGAGAAUAAUUGCUUUCAAAAAAAAUGAGCACACACUUUUUUAUAAUAUUCAGCUUGAUGUUUAAUUCCAUGGAAAGGUAUGGGCAAGCGGGUUACAUUACUUUUAGUUAAAGAUUGCAACAUUUUGAUAACUGGGGUUUCUGUGUAACCUGUUUGUAAGAUGUGAUUUAUUUCAUUGCCUUAUAUUAAAAAAAUAAACAAAAACGAAUCUA